AUGACCACAGAAAAGGAGACGAUGGUUGACGAACUUCCGCCCUUCUCCUUCUCCAAAAAGCCUAUUAAGAAUAGUCACUUGACAUCGGCGAUCUCCUCUUUUAUCUCCAACGUGGUUGUCCCGGAUAAUCAGCCUCCUCAAAAACCAUCUUUCAAUAACAUCAACUACGAUGAACAGAUUCGGGCUCCACGUAUGUCCGUAGCAAAUCACUACACAUAUAAGCCGGAACUGCCUCGGCCAUUUACUGACCGCCGUAGUGAAAGUGACCAGUCGUUACAAUUUCCAGGCGACGAGUCUGCCAUAUCUGAUUCGUCAAAACUAGAACAAGUAUUGCCUACUGCAUCAAAUGUGCCAGAAAGACUAGAUUCGUUGCAAAAUGAUGAGGGGUCUCUUGAGAAAAAGCUCAGUAGACAUCAAAUCAACGAGGCAAGAACAUCAUCUGCUUUAGAGACCCUGGUCUUGGCUGAUGUUCCUAUUAACCCACAUGGUUUAAGCCCAAAAAAGUCCGACACGUAUCUUCCUGCAACAGCAGACCUUAACAGGCCUACCCGUCGAUUACUGGAACCACAGCCACCACGCUGGGGUGUAGAAAGUGGUAUCUUGGGUGACUAUGCGCCCCUUGUCAAUCCUCAGGAUAUUGCUCAAAAGAUUAACAAUGAUACUUCUGAUCAUUUUGGUUCCGAUUCUAGUGAUGCCUCAGCAGGGCUGCUGGUUCAGCUGAAACUCAGACGGGCAAUUGACAAUUUGAACAACAAUGUGACCACUGCGGAGCGCUACGAUCGUAGUGACAGAAGCGACCUGGACUUGGCAGCCCAUUUGAACAAUGAUAGCCGCGGGCCGGCUAUCAAACAAGUUUACCACAUGAAAAAGCCUAUGUGCCUUCCGGCUGUGCUUAGGCCUCUGUCUUCAGAGAGCAUGAAUUGCGGAAUGAAAAGAGUAGAGCCUCAAAAUAGUCCAGGCUCCUCUGGUACAACAACUACAGUCGUUGAAAUGGACUCGCACAACAGCACCAUUCCACAACAAGUAUCCAUGGAAAUACCUGAUGAUGCAGCUGUAUCUGACCAAAAGGUUGAGCCAACCCACGAACACUGGAAGCCUAACAAUUCAACAGAUCACUGUUUAAGCUGCUUUGGUGAAUUUGGUGGUUUUUUUCUUCCACAAAGGCUUAGGCGCCACCACUGCAGGUUUUGUGGAUUAUUGUAUUGCCAGAAUUGCUUAUACAAUAAUCGGGAGUUGCACAUGUUCGAAAUAACUUCCCCGAUUCCCGAACAACCUAACACAAAUAACAGUGAAAUAGAAACGGAAGAAGAUCAUCUCAUUAGUAACAGCGGUCUGUCAAGUAGCACUGGUUUGACUCAGACAACCGCCGUUCUUUUCGACGAAAAUGCUGGAGGAGUGAUGCUUGACUGCAAGGCGAGAUUUGUUAUACCCGUAUUCCGUAAUCUUCCUCCAGAGGGAGUUUCGAGAAUGCAGCAAAAACAUAAAGUGUGCAAGGUAUGUAAGACAUGCGGAAGUGGAUAUCUGAAGCUUAUGCAAGUCUUGAACCAGCCCGGAGGGAUCAAAGAUGAUAUUAAUAGUGGGUAUGUCUUCAUUGAAAACCCCUACCUCAACAACCCAUCUGAAUUAGAUUCAAGAGACUCUGUCACCACAAAGGCGUCAAUGCCCGAACGACGUGUCCUGUUGGCAAAAACUCCCGAUUGGACAUGGAGUUCGUUUUAG